AUGGACUCUUCACCAACCCUCAACAUUCUGGUGGCAACUUUUGCGGGCCUCGGUCUGCCGCGCACACUCUCACUGCCAACCGCCCCUUCGGCUCCGAUCAGCGAUGUGUAUGCCACCAUCUUGUCGCGUCUGCCCGCCGUAGACCCUCGCCUCUUGAUCACGACCGUCUCGAACAAGCAGCUGUCACCCAACUCAUCACAGCCUAUUUCAACCCUUCUUUCCACCCCAGAUGACACCCUCCUCUCUCUGCGCCUCAGCAGGAAGCUGUGCGGUGGCAAAGGUGGUUUCGGCUCCCAGCUGCGCGCCGCCGGUGGUCGCAUGAGCAGUCGCAAAAAGAACAAUGCGAACGCCACAGGAUCAAACCGAAAUCUUGAUGGAAGACGAUUACGGACUGUGGAUGAGGCGAAGCGCCUGGCCGAGUAUCUUGCGAUGAAGCCGGAGAUGGAACGGAAGGAGAAGGAGGAGCGGAAGAAGAGGCUAGAAGCCGUGGUUGAAGCUGCUGAGAAGAGAGAAGAGACCAUCCGCRGGGGAGGUGACGCUGGCACGAGGCUGGAUGCUGAGUUUGUGGAAGGAAAGGAGGCCGCGGAAGCUAAGACGAGGGAGGCAGUGGAGAAGGCCAUGAGGGAAGGUAUGCUUGUCCGGACUGGUAGCGAGACAGAGGAUGAGGACAUGCAAGAGGGAGGGAGCGAAGGAAGCAGUGGAGACGCCAAGGGUGAGGCGUCUUCAUCUGGUGGAAGGUUCUUUGGUUGGGACGACGAGGAGUCUUCCGAUGAGGAGGAAGAAGAGGAGGCGGAGCAAGAUGUGGUUGAUGCUCCUGCGCUUGCAUAUGAAGGCAAAGAAAAGGGGAGAGCUGCUUGA